AGUGGUAUCUCUAUGAAUACUAUAUUAAAAUGUUCACCUUGCUUUUCUAUUUUGAUUUGAAUUGAAGAAUUGACGUUGAAGCAAGGAUUGAAAGUUUUGUUAAUGCUUAGCUAAACACAAACAAAAUUCCAGUGAAACUUUUGUUAAUGUUUAUAUUUCAGGGACCGAAAACUCAAUACUUCCAAAGUUGGAUGACCAUAUUUGUAAUUGGCUAGGGGCUUAAGACACAACACAGAACACACCAGUUUAAAGUUUAAACCCUUCUGAGAGACUGAGGCUGACGCCGGGAAUCAGAACUCUACUCCUCUCGGAUCGCGUUGAUUGGACGGCGGCGCCGGCCAGAAACUGAUUCCAGGCAAACCACCCGCCGCGAUAUGCCGGAUAAUUCAAAGCACUGCCUGCCACACUCUGAAACUGCUGAAAAGGAACGGCCUUCAAAGGUCCCGAAAACUCUGCUACCGGACGGAGAAGAAGAAGAAGGCGAAUUUGAAUCGGGCGGCAUUCCGGAGUCGAUGAGUCCAAACCCUCGGCUUCAGCGUUAUUUGGUAGCUAUCGAGUACAUAGGCACUCGCUUCUCUGGUUCCCAGAAGCAGCCCGUCGACAGGACUGUUGUGGGCGUGCUUGAGGAGGCAUUUCACAAAUUCAUUGGGCAACCAGUGUCAGUCUCCCUAUCCAGCCGCACGGAUGCAGGAGUACAUGCCUUAGCUAAUGUGUGCCAUGUGGAUGUGGAACGAAUUAGCAAAAGGAAACCCGGUGAAGUUUUGCCACCUCAUGAACCAGAAGUGGUUAGAAAAGCAGUGAACCACUUCUUACAGAGAGAAGGAGAUAUCAUGGUCACUGAUGUUAGAUGUGUUCCAGCAGAUUUUCAUUCAAGAUUUAAGGCACAAGAACGCACGUACUUCUACCGUUUGCUAUCUGGACCAGAUCUUUUAUCUGCCUUUGAGAAAGACCGUGCCUGGCAUAUACCUGAGCAACUUAAUCUUCUCGCAAUGAAAGAAGCAUGCAAUGUUCUUGUUGGCCAUCACGAUUUCAGCUCCUUUAGGGCGUCUGGUUGCCAGGCAAAAUCACCAAUCAGAACACUAGAUGAACUUAGUAUUACUGAGGUGGUUCCAACUCCCUACUUCCCUUCUAUCAUGGAAAGGGAACACAACAGUGCACACGGGGAAGAUGCUUCAAACAAUGAUAAGGUUGGGGUUCCCAGUUUCGAAGCUGGUUCAGUAUUUGGGAUUAGGAAGAGACAUCGUUGCUAUGUAAUAGCAGCACGUGGUCGUUCUUUUCUUUAUCACCAGGUCAGACUUCUAGUUGGAGUUCUCAAAUGUGUGGGCACGGGAGAAAUUACAGUAUCCGAUGUGAGAAGAAUACUGGAUGCAAAAACUGUGACUGCUGCAAGGGCCAUGGCUCCUGCAUGUGGUCUCUACCUUGGACAAGUCAAGUACGAUCUGCCUCGUUGACACCUGAAGUUCUGAACCAAUGAAGUUUAUUUCUCUUAAAAAGUUAAGCUUAAGAUCCUGAACGAUCCCCUAUUGGGUUUACAACCCAGGCAAAAAUGUAUCCUCGCGAUUAUUGAGAACUGGGUUCCCCUUAUGUCUGCCUUUUAGUCUUCUCCUAAGUUGGUUGAUGAGAUACCAGCAACCUUUUUGUUUGCUUAAAAUGUACAGUGUUCGCAGUUAAUUCUUUGUGGUCAUUUGUUUAUGCUUAUGUUUAAUCCAAAAAAAUGUUCUGUAGGAUCUACAUUAUCGUUUAGAAGUAGAUUCCAAAACAAAUUCGAGACACAAAUGCACAUCAACAAAAUAGAAAAUCCUACAAAUCAGUUUCCACUUGGAUUCUAAUUCUCACAGUAAAUUUUAGGUUAAGCA